CUGUGAAUCUUGAGAGGCAACAAGUCACAACGCGGGCACGCCACCUAAUCCCCCGCUCCUUAAUUGGUUUACAGCUAACACCAGCCAGCUCCAUCUGUUUCGCUCUGAAAUGAGCUCCCGAGGGCCUCGGCUUUACAAGGGAGGAAACAGAAAACAAAUCACUUCACACGUAGACAAGGUGGGAAACUUCACAUCCACGCCAUCCGAACGCAUGUGGCAGCCGUGGAGGAGUCGCACCGUGGAAGGAUUAGCUGCCGAUCACUGUUCUGAGCAACGCUGAGGUUUGUUUACCCUCGUUAGAUACGGAUGCCAAGAUUGGAUGUGAACCGGAUGCAGCAACAUCUCUCUUAUCUCUUCGUUCGGCGCAACCUGUUGUCAGGUGCAGGUGCUUGCCAGCUCUCAAACCCUCGGCUUAGCUAGUACGCAUGUCUGCUCCUCUGCUUCAGGGACUGUGUGCCAGCCUAGAGCUUCUUAGCUUUGGUGAAUCAGUGCGCGGACCGCAGGGGGAGAAACCAACAACAGACAUGAGCUUCAGCAUCGAAGAGAGGGGGAGGCCCAACACCCUGGAGUACAGAGUGUUUUUCAAAAACUCUGAGGGAAAAUACAUCUCCCCCUUUCAUGAUAUACCCAUCUAUGCAAACGAAGCAGAGAACAUCUUUCACGCUGUUGUGGAAGUUCCAAGAUGGACGAAUGCAAAGAUGGAGAUUGCCACCACGGAGCCUCUCAAUCCACUCAAACAAGACGUGAAGAAGGGGAAUCUUCGUUAUGUGGCGAAUGUGUUUCCCCACAAAGGCUACAUCUGGAAUUAUGGAGCUAUUCCACAGACAUGGGAAGACCCCAACCAUAAGGACAGCGACACGGGAUGCUGUGGAGACAAUGACCCGAUUGAUAUAUGUGACAUAGGAAAUAAGGUGUGCUCCCGGGGAGAAAUAAUAAAAGUGAAGGUAUUGGGAACUCUGGCUUUGAUCGAUGAGGGUGAAACAGACUGGAAGGUCAUCGUGAUCAAUACUGAGGAUCCAGAAGCUGCCGACUUUAACGAUAUUGAGGAUGUGAGGCGACUUAAGCCCGGAUAUCUGGAGGCGACUGUCGACUGGUUCCGAAGAUACAAAGUCCCAGAUGGAAAGCCGGAAAACCAGUUUGCUUUCAAUGGAGAGUUCAAGGACAGGGACUUUGCCGUGAAGACUGUGAAGAGCACUCAUGAGUUUUGGAAGGCCCUGAUAUCUAAAAACACCAACGCCGGAGAGUUAAACUGCAUGAACACCAGUGUCUCGGACAGUCCUUUCUGCUGCUCUGCUGGGGAUGCAGAGGCCGUGGUUGCGUCUGCAUGUGAGUUUGGAGCUGAAGAUCCCAUUCCAAGUGCAGUUGACAAAUGGUUCUACUAUGAGAAGUAAGAAGAUAAGGAAAAAUGAAGACGUCCAUUCCCCUUCUAUCCUUGUUUCAUCUGAUUUCCGCUGCUUGUGAACAGAUUGGGUGUAUAUUUUAUACUUAUAUUCACACUUGCAUGGUCGGUACUGUUGUUGUCAAAGUAACAGACCCUGAAUCUGAAAGCUGUCUCACUCUGUUUUGUUAUUUAUCUUACUGGACAAUAGACCUUAAUCUCAAGCUUGACAGAACUCUAAAUAAAUCACAUUGAAUCCCA